UAUAGGAAGGUGUCAACAAAAAACACGGAUGACCACCUCUCUCUUGCAUCCAAAUUGAUGCAGGGAAACUGUAUUUUUGAUGGCAAGGGGGACAACCUGGAAUUAUUUAUGUAACGUCGGUUAACGCUUGGUGUCUCUUUGAACCAGGACCACUGCAGUAAACGCUAGUAGCUCGGUGUCUGAUGUCAGCUAACCUGGCUAACGUUAGCUGUUGUAUGGCAAGCGAGCAAAACAACCCGUUAGCGUUCUUACACAUUCGUUCGUGGCUUUCUGGUUAACCUGGACGAACAGGUAAACACACAAAAGGACUCGCUGCCAAGCUUCAUAAGAAGACGGUGGAAGUCUUCGCCUAUCAGUAAAACUCUUUGGAGAGGAAAUCUAGCCCAGUUGAAAGGAGUAGCAACAAGCUAGCUACCAGCCUUUUGGUAGGUCCCGAAAUCACAACAGUAGCGUCAUCAUCAACAUGUCCACUUCAAACUUCAAAAACAAAUGCGUGACUCAGUUAAACUGUAUAUACUGCGACAGUCUUCUGUGUACACGGGGAAUGAAAGCUGUGCUUUUGGCAGACACUGAGAUCGAGUUGUUUUCAACCGACAUCCCACCUAACAGAACUGUGGACUUCGUCGCCAGUUGCUACUCUACCGACAGUUGCAAGUGUAAACUAAGAGAUAUAGCUUGCUUAAAAUGUGGCAACGUUGUCGGCUAUCACGUGGUGGCCCCCUGUAAGCCCUGCCUGCUCUCCUGCAACAAUGGCCAUUUCUGGAUGUUCAACAGCGAAGCGGUGUCCACCGUCAACAGAUUAGACCCCACAGGACUAAACCUGCUCCUAUGGGGUGAUCUUCCGGAGUUGGAGGGGAGCGAAGACGAAGAGAGUCCACACUGCGGCCCAGAGGAGGGCUACAUCAGAUAGACACACACACACACACACACACACCUCAUCGCCAAGAUGAGGAGAGCCCAGACUGUGGACCUGAAUAGGGCUUCAUCGAAUAGACACAGACACACACACACACACUCACACGCCUCAGCCGAGAGGACCCAGGGGCCUAGGGGACCACAACUCCCCUACAUCACAUCAGCAUUAACCAAACAGACCAAAGCAAGCGAGCACCCACCAACAUGACGGACCCCAUCGUGGACACACACACACACACACACACACACAGGGAGCGGAUAUGGAUCUACUCAUCCACCACCAUGACAGACCCCAUUGUGGGCCAGAGCACUGCAAAGAACUCUGGGGAAUAUUCAUUGCUUCAGUCCAGACUGAAAACUAGAGCCGAUACUGGCCCCACAACUGAAGAGAUGGGGCCAUGGGUGGCAGUGGUAGCGGUCAUUACAUUACACUUCGCUGACACUUUUAUCCAAAGUGACGUACAGUUCUCUUGCAGGGUAUAUUGGUUACAGUCCCUGGAGCAGUGUGGGGGUUAGGUGCCUUGCUCAAGGGGCACUUCAGCCAUGGCCAGAGAGGUGUAGGGGAUGGGUAUUCGAACACCUGCAACCCUGUGCUCUUCAGACCACCUCCCUAACCAUUAAGCCACGGCUGCCCACACUGAAGACUUGGGGUCACGGCUGGGGCAAGGGUGGUGGCAGUUGUAGCUCUCUCUCUCUCUCUCUCUCUCUCUCUCUCUCUCUCUCUCUCUCUCUCUCUCUCUCUCUCUCUCUCUCUCUCUCUCUCUCUCUCUCUCUCUCUCUGCCCAGCCUCACUGAAGUCUGUGCUUCUUUUUGCUAGUUCACCCCCUUUCACCACAAGCCCUACUGAGAAGAUACACCUCCACCAGAUUAUUGUUGUUAUUAUUAUUUAUUGUAUUGCUGCCGUGCAGAAAGGCAAAGUGUUGGUGUUAUGAAGCUGGAGGCUGAUUUGAAGGAUUGGUUUGGUACAAUGUGUGUAUAUGGCAGGUGUGCAUUAUGCGUCUGAUUUACAGAGGGUGACAGUCUGCAGUACUGGGUUUCUAGAUUUGAUUAUCAUUAUUCCAAGUGAAUAUGUAGAUGAUCGCAUGUGCAGUUUCAGUUGUUUAUUUGAACUGAAUUCAUCUGCCAGCUGCUCUGUAUUCUUAAGGUGUGCGUGUGUGUCUGCGUGUAUGCGUGCUUGCUUGUGUGCAUUGCUCUGGGAGGCAGGCUUGUGGUAUGUGGACAAAGAUAAAGGAAUAAGCGUAGAAGAGUGCUUUGGGAAGAGGGCUGUUAUGACAACAACAGGCUUUACAUAUACACCUGGCGAGGAAAGGAUGUCUAUGAAGAAAGGACAGGACAGGCUUAAGUUUAUUUACACGUUGUCUUAAGGUGUCACUGUGCCAUUGUUGUCAUGCUUUAGCCAAAGCAGCUGCAUGAUGGCCCUUCAGUGGCAGCCUGCUGCUGGCUUCACCAGUUAACUCUGCUAACCUCUGAGCCACUGCCACAGGCACUCUCUGCUGCCCGACUGUGUGUGUUGUGUGUGUGUGUGUGUGUGCGUGCGUGCAUGCGCGUGUGUGUGACAGUGAAUCUGUUGUGUAGCCUGGGGGCAUGUCAGUGGCAGUUGUUGCCUUUGUUGUUGUUGUGUUGCAGGUGUUGUGUGUUCGGUUUGGCUGUGCUCCACUAAGCCACUGUGCUUAUAAAAGUGUGUGUGUGUGUGCGUGUGCGUGUGUGUGUGUGUGUGUGUGUGCGUGUGCGUGUGUGUGUGUAAGUAGGUGAUUUGUUUGGCUUGGCUGAAUUCCACUAAGAAGUUGUUAGUAGGUGUUGUGCUUUCCUAGCCGGCCUUCACUGUGUGUGCGUGUGCAUGUGUUAGUAGGUGAUUGUGUUUAGCUUGGCUGGCUGCAUUACGGUGUCGAGCAGGAAAUGGUUUCUGACUGACAGUUGGACCAGAAAGUGGCCGAACCAGAACCACCAUGGCAACCUGUCACAGAUGACACACCUCCAUAGCAACCAGAGACAAAACACUCAAUACACCUCUUGUCGGCCUACCUGUCCAUUCAUAGAGUUACCUGUACAACUCUUCACUACCUGAUGGGUUAGAUGUGCGUGAGGACAUAUUGACUGUAAGGAAUAUCGUUAUGGAUAUCUACAGGAGUGGAUGAUUGGAGUGGUUGGGGUUUCGAUGGUUUGAUACUGGCUUGUGUGUGUGUGUGUGUGUGUGUGUGUGUGUGUGUGUGUGUGUGUGUGUGUGUGUGUGUGUGUGUGUGUGUGUGUGUGUGUGUGUGUGUGUGUGACUGGCUUAGGUGUGUUUGUGUGAUACAGAGCCGAAAGCCUCACCUGCAGCCCUGAGCCACAUAGGUGUGCGUGUGCGUGUGUGUGUGUGCGCGUUUGUGUGUGUGUGUGUGUGUGUGUGUGUGUGUGUGUGUUUACAGAAAAGCGUUGAGGUGUAGGUGUGUGUGUGUGUUUCCUCAAAGUGUUGUUGAACAACAACCAUCAUCACUAUGUGAUGCCCACCCCGCGCAUCUUAACUGGCUGCUUGGCCAUCAGUGCAUCCCCUCACACUCACACUGCCUCAAACAGCUGAUUCUGCCUCAUUCUACUGUAUCUAUUGCAACACACCUAGCUCCAUUCCUCCCCAUACCCCAGACAUGUUGCUUAUUACUCUUAAUUGUUGUUAUUUGUUUGAUUUUUGUCAGCAUCACUUAAGCCUUCCUUGCAGCCUCUGUGCGAGGUACGGGUUUCCUGCUCCAAUGAGGUUCUUUUAGGUUCAAUUAGGUUAGCCAAUCAGAGCUAACCUGCAACCAUGGCGGCGAUCUGAGAUGCUGAUGGCAGAACUGCGCAUUUUUUUGUUUGUUUGUUUGUUUCUCCAGAGCAGGACCCCAUUUUUAGAAAGCAUCAAUGCUAACCACGUAGCAACUUACUUGCUUCACAGUGGGAAAUUGCAUUGCCCCCAGGGGGUGCCUUUCUCGACCGCGUCGUUGCUAACUAAGUUAGCAGCUUACUUGGUUGCAGUGCAAUUUCCUAUAGGCAACCUACGAAGGUGCUAACUGGUAAGCGAUGAUGCUUUCGAGAAACAAGGCCCAGAAUGGAACCCUCGUCUUCUGAGAUCAUGUUUAAAUGUGACUUAAUGUGGGGACCCUUUAAAGAGGUGAUUUAAGCAGUCUUACAGGGGACUUAGGGACACUUCAGAAGGACUUGUUUCCCCUUGACAAAGAGACACUUCCCAUUGAUCAUGUGUGAAGGUGAUUGACGUGAAUUAGAAUGGGAAUGACCUUAAUUGUAAUCUGCUCAUCGAUGGACUCGAUUGGGAAAAGGAGGAGGGCGAGAGCUUUGACCGGGCCCAGGGCAAAAUCAUCUGAAAUGGCCCCCGUCACAAUGCAUACAGUGCUAUGAGAACACCGUUCUGGGCCCCCCUUUUUCCUGGGCCCAGAACAAAUGACCCAUUUGUCCCCCUUGGUCAGUUUCCCUGGGAACCAUGUGGGUGUUCUAUAGUCUCUUCACCCAUGACGACAAGCACAGGAGCACACAGCACAAGCGGCGCUAUGGUUACGACUACCCACCACACAGGUUGUUAUGGUUACACCUCCCCAGCACAAGCAGUGCUGUGGUAUCUACUACCUAAUCGUCUCCAAGGCUACUGGUUGCCCAUUGGAACACUUGGGAUUUCUAUUGCAAGCCUUCAUGAUGAUGCUGCAAGGAGAGACACACUUAUGUAGAACUUUGGUAAACCCUCAAAAAGUGUGUAUGAGGUGCAUGCACAUCUCAUAAACAGUUGUUGCAGGUGCAGGAUAUACGGUACCUGUAAAAGAAUGCGUAAGAGAAAAAAAAGAGUAUUAUCCGCGCACCGCAGAAGCUCCCUUGCUGUGAGUUAUUUAGUGAAAAAAAAACAGCACAACGUCGACCUGCAAUGUCUUUGGAUCAGCGGAUAGACUCACUCCCACAGGACUUAAUAGGGUGCCGGCUAGCACACUGCCCUGCUGCUAUGGGAUUGUAUGGUACCCUAUGGCUCAGUUUGACGGACACACAGAGGGAUUGUAUGGUACCCUAUGGCUACGGGCCAAACUCCCACAGGACCUCAUAGGGCACUGCCCUGCUCUUAUGGGGCUGUAUAGGACCCCAUACGAUUCUAUUAGAGAUAUUCACAGUGGGAUUGUGUGGUACUCUACAAGUCAAAAGGGUCCAUUCCAUUUUCCAGACUCCCAUCCUCCCUUGUGCUUGUGGCCUCAUGAUGCUGCUGUCACAAGAUGCCAUUGAAAAUUGAAGUUUAAUCCAAUAUCUUGCAAAAGUGGAAAUGGGAUUUUGAAUAGGGAAAAGUCAAGUCUGACCAAAAGCUGUUGCGACUAGGCUGACCGUGGGAAAACUUUUUUGUUAUCGUCAGCGAAGCGUGAGGCCACAAGGACGAGUCGAGGAUGGGAGUUUGGAUAAAGGAAAGUGCCCCAAGCCACACUCCUACCAGCUCACUCCAUAGGACUUCAUAGGGCAAACGGCUAGCUCACUGCCCUGUUCCCAGUUUGCCACUCACUUGCCGACGACCGCAAGCCGACAAGAUCAGUUAAUUAACUUACUACUUAAUCUGACUGAUUGAUUGAUUAGCUGGUCGGUUAGGAGCUGUAUUUAUGUAGCUGUACUUCAAUGGUGCACACCACACAUUUGCAAUAGCCAAACCUUGUACAGGCUUUGAAUUUAGUAGCACAAGAUCAGGGGCCUAUACUAAGAAGCUGGUUCAGGAGUAAACCAGGUGAGGUUAAGAGGUAAAUCUUCGAAUAGAAGAGCCUGGAGUCCUCUUGUUCUUAAGAAGGCUCUUCUAGUAGAUGAUUUACCUCUUAACUUAACCUGGUUUACUCCUGAACCAGCCUCUUGGUACACCCCCAGGGGUGCAUUUCUCGAAAACAUAGUUGUUAGCCAGUUAGCAACUUGGGAAGUUGCCAGUGUGAAAUUGCACUGUAAACAGCAAAAUAGGUAACGUAGUUAGCAACUAUGGUUUCGAGAAAUGCACCCCAAAGUUGCAUAAAGUAGAAGUAUUCUUACAUGUGUAAUUACAUCACCAUUAGUGUGAUAUAACAAAGUUGAAACCAUGUGAUGUCAUACCACUUGUGGUGUCAUCACAUCUACAUCUACUUUAUACAACUCUGCACAAGAUGGUACAAUCAGAAUAACUAUAUGGAAGAAAUCCGACAACUGCAUAAUGGUUCCAACAUUUAUGUCUUAAUAUUUGUUAUUUAUUUCAAGAAGUAGAUUUGUUUUAGUUGUUGACAACCAGAAUUUAUCUUUUGAACAUUUUUUUUACAUUUCUGGAAGUCAACAGAGUAUGAGCAUUUCAUUUUUUUUACCCAUCUUUACACUUUGAUACACACAGCUCAUAAUGCAGAUGUGACUUUUCAUUUGAAUUUUCUUGUGACUUCCAAGAACAGUAGAUUCAAUAUACUGCAAGUCCAAUUGAGUUUCACAGAAAAUAUGAAAGAAAAAAAAGACCAAACUAGUCCUCUGACUAGACAGAAAAAAACAUUAUUUUGUAACUUGAAAAAUAAUAUAAAGAAAGGAAUAUGUGUGGUUUAAUUUAUCAGAAGUACUCUGAAUGUAUGUGUGUAUUUAUGAAUGAACGCAAUGCUGUAUUUAUACCUGUGCUGUGUGUGUGAGAGAGAGAGAGAGAGAGAGAGAGAGAGAGAGAGAGGAUGUGUGUGUGUGUGUGCGCUAGUCUGUGUGAUAUUUGUUUUGUUUGGAGAUUGCACUGAAUUUGUUUUAGAUUUUAACUUUUGUUUGUUUUUUUGAUGCUCACUGAAUGGAUGCCAUUAAACCUUUUGGUUUUUUGCUA